AUGAUUCUUUUUCUUCUUCUUCUUCUUCUUCUUCUUCUUCUUCUUCUUCUUCUUCUUCUUCUUCUUCUGUGCUGUGUCCCUUCAAGACUUUCUCUUUCUCUAGCUGUUUCUCUUGCUUUCUCUCUUGUUCUCUCUAUCUCUCUAUCUUAUUUGCCUCUCUUUCUUCCUCUCUCUAGUUCUCUCUAUCUCCAAUAUCUCAUUUUUCUCUCUUGCUAUUUUCUCCUGUUCCUCUCUCUCUCUCUCUCUCUCUCUCUCUCUCUCUCUCUCGUUCUCUCUAUCUCUUAUUUGCCUCUCUUUCUCCCUCUCUCUCAUUUUCUUCUCUGUCUAUCCUUUCCUGCUGUCUGUCUCAUUUUCUCUAUCUCUUUCUCUUUUUUCUCUCUCAUUCUCUCCAUCUUCCCGACUCCUCUCUGUGUCCCCUCCUCUUCCCAACUUUUGUUCUCUCUAAUUCCAACUCAUUAUGCUCUCUCCUCCCCCCUCUCUCUCUCUCUCUCUCUCUCUCUCUCAGUCGUUCUUCCUUUUUUUCUUUCUCUCUUUUUUUCGGUCUUCCUAACCCUUUCCCUUUUUUUCUCUUUCGCUCUCUAUAUAUUCUAUCCGUCACUCUUUUCUCUCUUUCUCUUUCUUUCCCGCUAUCUAUCGCCUUUCCCUCUCCUCCUCCUCUAG